AUGCUUAUUAAUACUAUUCGUUUCGAUACAGAUUUUGACGGCAUUCAAUGGGGUAAUAACUGCAAUGAACUGAACGCAUCCUAUGCUGCAGAUGGAUAUGCUCGUAUUCGAGGCAUCGGCGCUCUCGUUACAACAUUCGGUGUCGGUGAACUCUCAGCUAUAAAUGGUAUUGCUGGUUCAUAUGCUGAAAUGGUACCAGUGGUACAUAUUGUUGGAACACCUUCAAUUGCAUCGCAGUUCAGUGGUGCUAUUAUUCAUCAUACACUUGGUAAUAAUGAUUUUCGAGUUUUUGCAAAUAUGUAUAAAGAAAUUACAAUUGCUCAAACAAAUUUAACAAGAAAAAAUGCUGUCGAAGAGAUUGAUCGUGUUCUUACUCAAUGUUGGCUUAAAUGUCGACCAGUUUAUAUUGGUUUUCCUGUAGAUCUUAGUAGCUAUGAAAUAAAUAUUAAUCCAUCAUUAAUUAAACCACUUAAUUUAUCUAUUACAUGCAAUCCAAAAGAUGAUCAUCAAGCAGCACUUGAAACUGUGCUUAAUCUUGUAAUAAAGGCUGAAAAUAUAAUUGUUAUUGUUGAUGCAUGUGCUAUUCGACAUGAAAUGAUGGAAAUAGUUAUAAGAUUUAUCGAACAUACUCAAUUACCUGUUUAUGUAACACCUAUGGCUAAAGGUAGUAUUGAUGAAAAUCAUUUACAAUUUCGUGGUGUUUUUGCUGGAAAUUCUUCAACAGAACGAGUACAAAAAGAAGUUUAUAGUGCAGAUCUUAUUCUUUCUAUUGGCUCAUUGAAGACCGAUGUUAAUACAGGUGGCUUUACGUAUCGAUUAUCAAAGAAAAAGACUAUUGAAUUUCAAACAUAUCAUACGAAAGUUUUCUAUGCUAUAUAUGAUAAAGUUGAUAUGCGUGAACUUUUACCUGAUUUAACUGAACAUUGGCCAAUCGAUAUUAUUCAUCCAUAUAAUGGUAAACAAUAUGAUAUUGAAAAGCCAAUAUUAGAUCCUAAGUAUCAAAAUGAAAUUCAGCAUGAAUAUUUUUGGAAUAAAUUAACAGAUUUUAUUCCAAAAAAUUCAAUUAUUAUUGCUGAAACUGGAACAGCUGAAUUUGGUGUUUUUAAUAUGCUUGCACCGCGAGGUGUGACAUUUUUAACACAAAUGUUAUGGAGUUCCAUCGGUUAUUCUAUUGGUGCUGCUUUAGGUGCAGCAUUAGCUGGAAAACAUGAAAAUCGUCGAGUAUUUCUUUUAGUUGGAGAUGGUUCUUUUCAAGUUGCAUGCCAAGAAAUAUCGUCUAUGUUACGAUUUAAAACUAAUUUAGUUAUUAUUUUAUUGAAUAAUGAUGGUUAUACAAUUGAAAAACUUCUUCAUAAUCCUGAUUGUGCUUAUAAUAAUAUUCAAAUGUGGCGUUAUUAUAAAAGUUUUGAAUAUUUUGGUGAUGGAUUAAAACAAAAUCGAGAACAAGCCAUCACUGGUUUUGCUGGCAUAGUUAAAAGUCAAGAUGAAUUUGAAAACGCUAUGACACAAAUAUUAAAAGAAACUGAUAAAAUUCAUUUUGUCGAAGUUGUUAUGCCAUCAAUGGAUGCACCAAAAAGUUUAAUAAUUACUAUUGAAGGUAUGAGAGAAUACAAGAAACAUGAACGAGAAGUACAAGAAUAA